UUCACUCCACAUGCUGGUUUUGAAUCAUAAUCAAUUUCAACCUCAGUCUUGCCCGCGUCACGCUGCGUCGCGAACGUGUUUCUAUAUAAGCACUCACACGUGACGUCACGUGUGAUUUCCCUUCACGAAUUAGACACACACUCGUACAAAUAAGACACCAAGAUGGUGGAGGAAUCGCAGAUACGUGGGUUUUACGCGAACAAAAAUUUCUUCAUCACCGGCGGCACAGGUUUUGUCGGACUCUGCCUUAUAGAGAAGAUAUUGCGAUGUAUACCCGAUGUAGGCAACGUUUACUUGCUGAUGAGACCCAAAAAGGGGAAGCAGAUCUCUGAAAGAUUAGAGGAAUUCCCAGUAAAUCCUGUAUUUGAAAAACUCUUAGAAACCCAAUCAAAAGAUAUAUUCAACAAACUGAUACCUAUAUCUGGUGAUGUAGGUUCAGAAGACCUAGGCUUAAGUGCUGAAGAUAGACAGAUUUUAAUAGAGAAUGUCAAUGUGGUGAUACAUUCCGCAGCCACUUUGGACUUUGAGCAGAACUUGAGACCUACUGUGAAUAUUAAUGUUUUGGGAACCAGAAGGAUAUUGGAACUGUGUAAACAGAUUAAAGAUUUGAAGGUAAUGGUGCAUGUCUCUUCCGCAUUUGUGAACUCCUAUUUAACUGAGGCCCAGGAGAAGGUGUAUGACGCUCCAGCAGAAGUGGAGAGCAUCAUAAAUGUAGCAAAAAAACUCACUGAUCAAGCGUUGAAUGAUGUAGAGAGAACCUUCUUGAAGAAUCAUCCAAAUACAUACACAUUUACAAAGCACCUGGCAGAGCACGAAGUGAAGAAUUGCUCAGAUCUGUUCCCAUGCACCAUCGUUAGACCCACCAUGAUCGUGGCAUCGUGGAAGGAGCCAGUGCCUGGAUGGACUUGCUCUAAAGUCGGCCCGCAAGGUUUUCUAAUGGGGGCAGCAAAAGGUGUGGUCCGUCGACUGCCGCAAGCCAAAGAGAACAUCGCCGACUACAUCCCCGUGGACGUGGUGGUCAACCAACUGCUGGUGGCUGGCUGGCACGCCGCCACGGAAAAGCCGGGUCUGACGGUGUACCACUGUUCCACGUCUACACAGAAGCCAUUCCGCUGGGUGAUGCUGGACUCUGUCAUCAACAGAAUGCUUCACAACUACCCUCUGCAGAGCGCUGUGUGGUACCCGCAUUUGGAGUUCGUGUCUUCUCUAUGGCUGUUCCGCAUCUCGGCCAUAUUUGUCCAUUUCUUUCCUGCCAUCUUGCUGGACAUGUUGUUGAGGAUCACCGGCGGACGACCCAUCUUGUUCCGGCUGCACAAGAACGUGUGGAACUCCUUGAGUCGCCUGGAGCCGUUCAUCUUCACCGAAUGGCGCUUCUACAACGACAACACGCGAGAGCUGGCGGAGAAGCUCAACAAACGCGACUCGGAGUUGUUCUUCAUCAAUAUAUCUAGCAUUAUGUGGGAGGAAUACUUCGUGAACCUACACUUAGGUGUGAGGAAGUACUUGAACAAGGAGAGCGAGAACAAGCUGCCAGCAGCCAGGAACAAGCAGACUGUUUUGUUCGCACUGCACAUCCUCUGGCAGGUGAUGAUAAUGUCUCUUCUGUGGUACCUGCUGGCGUGUUGCCUGGGCCGCACCUUUAUACAGACCGCCUGGGCGCCGCCCGUCAUAUACUUCUUGUACACAUUCUUAUAAUACUCACAAUUAAACAAUAGAAUAAUGUAUUUUUACUUUAGAAUUUAAUCGUGAGUGUUAUUCAUAUUAAUUGAUUAUGAAACACGCCUAAAACACACGUGAUAUAAGGUAGGAAAACCCCUCUCCUAGCGCGCGAUGCGAGCAGCUGCGCGCUGCGCCGCCGCUUUGAAGUUUGGAUCGUGCCGCGUUGCAAGAACCAGCUCAUGACUAAGGUAUGGGUUCGAAACUAGUCGGGCAUACUCUGACCUUAUACCUUAUACCUCACGUGAGUUUUAGCCGUGUUUCAUAAUCAAUUAGUAUUUUUACUUUUUUAUAAUACUGGAAAACCAGCUCCGUCCGACCAUUUGUGUUUGAAACGAUACUAAAGCAACUCGAUGUGGAAUGUUUAUCAACAAAUACAUUAAAAAUGAGGGUGUAAAUCGCUAGUUAUUGUUUAGUACUAAAUAAUAAUAUUUUGAUUAUUAAGCUUAGAACAAUUAUAUAUAGUUGAUUUUUUUACAUUUUACAGCAAAACAAUACAUAAUUUGAAAUGAGUUAGUUAUAAUAUGCGUUUUCUACUUUAAUUUUUAAUUUGUUGAUAAACAGUUUACGGCGCGUUGCACAAAAAAGCUUAUGACUUAAUUCCCCAAAGGCGUAUUAGUAGGGGGAUGACCUAGCUAUGGAAGGGUUAUAUGUAUUUUUAAAUGGCACCCUCAGACCAAUUAUUGUUAAGACCUGCUUCACUGGACGUUACUUUGCUGUCAAAGUAUAUGACCAAUGAUCUAACGCGAUUAUAAAAAGACGUUGUAAUCGUGUUCGUCGGUUCGUCGGUCGGCUCUGUAAAAAUACCUUUUUGUGUAUUGAAUGGUGUAAAAAACGGACAAAACCCUUUAGUUUAGUAUAAGAUAUAUCUAAGCUCGUGUUCCCUAGAACAUGACAGACAAUUGAAGGGUUAUUUAUAAUAACAACCAAUGUCAAAAAAAAACCAUUGAAAUGAGAUUUUUGUGUAUAUGGUUCUAUUGUAAUGAUGCCUAUCAAACGUAAAUCACACACUUUCGUAAAAGCGCGUUAGUCGUUAAAAUUUCUUUGAUAUUUGGAUAAACAAUCAAGGUCAACAUGGUUUUUUGCUUCUAGUAUAUAAUUUACUAGAACUGACAGUGGCCGUUUUUCCAAAUAACCCUUCAAUUUUGUUCGUGAAUUUGGGUGCGAUACUGGUCCUUCUGAAAUUGGUCUGAGAUGGCACCUUACUCGUAACACAUUUAUACAUUGUGUGUAAAUUUUUUAAAUGAAUGAUUUAAUUACAGUUGUAUGACGUCACUUCUUUCAUAAUAGUAAUAAUGGUUGAGUCGUGACUUGUGUUAGUGUCAAGUAAAAUUAAUUUACCUAUUCCUUGCAAUACAUUCCAAAUUUUUUUAUUUAUUAUCUAAUACUCGCGACUACAUUCACAUAUUUUCUUUCUAAAUCCCGCGAGAACCAUGAUUUUUUUCCGGGAUAAAAGUAGUUAGUAUGUGUUAAUACAGGUUAUCUAUCUAUCAUUCCAAAUUUCAUUAAAAUUGAUUUAGUAUUUUCGAUGUAAAGGGGUAACAAACAUACACACAAACUAUCACCGUUAUAUAAUACCUACUGUGAGCUAGCACUUUAAUAUUGAGGUGCUAGCUCACAGUAGUGCAAGUUUUUGAAAGGGGAAAAAAAGAGAAAGUAAAAAAAAAAGUAAAUUGCUAAGUUUCUAUUAUAGCGAGGAUUUGGGUGAAAGUUCAUUUGCGUUUCUUUUCUGCUUAUAAAAAUUUAAACAAUAAACAUAAGUAUAAUUAGUGAAUCUCUUCGAAUUCUAAUAUAUUUUGUUAUUAAUUACUUUUGUAAUUUAAUUUUUUUUAUCUAUUAUUGUUGUUAUAGAGUUCAUAUAAAAAGGACAAAAAACAAUGAAGAUUGUAAGACAUGAAUGAUCAAUAAAAAAAAUAGAUGCUCAUCUUAAAGUAUAUACCUACAUAAUAUAUUAUAAAAUAAUAAAUUGAUUUUUAUUUGCAUCAUUGGUUUGGGGCGUGGAACAAAAAAAAAACAUUCUUUUACUGAUCUUUUAAUGAUUUUACAGGAUAAGUUACGAAAAUGUAAACUUUAAUUAUAUUUAUUAUUUAUAUUUUAAGUGAAAUAUCAAUAUUACAAAAUAGUUCCAGUUGUUGCUUAUUCUUUGUAUUAAAUAAAAAUUUGUAUAUUUUUUCAA